CAGGAAGCGGCGGCGCGGCCCGGCCCCGCGGCCCCCCACGGCCCGCCUCCAUCGCGGGCGGGAGGAGCCCGGAGCCGGGCGGCGGAGCGGGGCAGCCGCCGGGCGGUGCCGGGGUUCAACAGCCCGGCGUUAGCAACGUGGACCGGCCCAGUAGAGGCUCCUCUACCGGCGUUUCCCUCUAAAUAUUUAGCUUUCUCCAAGCCCCGGUCCGAAUACCGAGGUGCGUCCUCUGUACGCGCAGCGUCUCCUCUGUAAGGGGAUUUUUCAUCGGAGGCCAUGGAGCUUUUGGCCAAUGAGCUCAGCAUUUAUGACAAGCUAUCAGAGACGAUUGAUCUGGUGCGGCAGACUGGCCACCAGUGUGGGAUGUCAGAAAAAGCCAUUGAGAAGUUUGUCAAGCAGCUCUUGGAAAGAAACGAGCCCCAAAGGAGACCUCCACGGUACCCUAUCUUAGUGGCUCUCUACAAGGGCCUGCUCAUGUUGGGACUGGUCUUGCUAACCAUUUACUUCGUGAUCCAGCCAUAUAGCCCGUUGCCGCCUGAAGCUCCGCUCUCCAGAGCCCAUGCCUGGGGCUCCCUCAUCGGUCACAUCCGGCUGCUCUCUUUGCCUAUUGCCAAGAAGUACAUGCUCGAGAAAUGCCAGGACUGGUGGGCAGCAGGUUGCAGACAGAACAGCUCUACACUUCCCGCAAACUGCACAGUCUGUUCUGCUGUGAAGAGCCUUCAGACAGUGACAGACUUUGGAGAAAUAUCAGAAAAACUCCAGAGGUCUCAGCCUUUUCUAAUCAAGACAGGGCAGUAUCUUUCUUAUGAAGAGCUAAAGCAUUUUCAGUCCCAGGAUCCAGCACUGGCAGAGGUUAUAAUAGAAGAAAAUGCAGCUGAACUGUGGAGCUGCCUUCCAAGACAGAGCUUCCCAUUUUUCUUUCCCUGGAACAAAUCUCUGAGUAAAACUCGGAUUCUGCAGGAAUUUUUCCCUGCUUCCUCUUUGCUGUCCUUCCCUAAGUCAGUGUCCCUGGAGAGCUGCUUCCUCAUCCGCCAUCCAGAUUUGGGGAAUAAGAGCUACAGUUUGCACAGCCUGUUUGCUGUUGGAAGUGGACAGCUCACCCUGACUGUUGUGCCUCUGGACAAGUGUAGAGGACACUGCAAGACAUUUGAGGUGGAUCUACGAGCUGGAGAUUUCGGUUAUGCCAGCGCAGAUUACUGGACGAUGAGCUUCACUGCCAAAGGGACAGAGCCUGCGGUCAUUUGUGAUGGAGCUGCCAUCUAAGGACAGUGGGGAGGGAAAACAGAGCUGCUUCCAGGACAAGAAGACUUUCAGCUUUGCAGCCAAAGCAACAUCUUGAAAGCGAUAGAGCCGGGGCAAUGGGGCAGGCAGCUAUGCCACCCUGCGUGUUUACAGUGUUUAAAAAACGACUGUUUUCCUGACCUUUGAGGUAAUUCUUUGCUUUUCCUCAGAUGUAUUUUGGGAGAAGCUCAAGCUGCUUAUGUCCUUCCCUGUCCCCUCAGGUAAGCCCUGGGUUUGCAGCUAAGGACUUUUCCAGGAGCAGCAGAGGGAUUUCUCAGGAUGAGAUUCACCUUGUGUCCUUUGUGGAUUAUGGCACUUCUGAAACUUUCAGGGAGGGUUGGGGGUACGGGGGGUGUGUGACACUUCUGUGUACCUUCCUCCUGGGGAGGAGGCUUUGAGCCUGUCUGUCAGGCCAGCUCUGUAAAGGGAAUGAAUCGGUGAUGUGUCCCAGCUCUACCCCAUCUCUCCGUUGCAUCCAUAGCUACGUGCCUCAACAGUGUGCCCCGCAAAGCCAACCUCAGCCCCGUGCUCCAGGGCUGGAGUGAGCCUUACAGCCUAGGGGCGGAGAUCCUCACCCCCUGCAUCGUUCUUUUACCAAAUGAAUCUUUCAGGCCUCUGUGUGUCUUGUGAUCACUCUUCUGUGGUACUCUAUCAGCGGGUUGUAGGUGAGUCAAAUAGUAACUGUGCUUUUUUCCCCAUCUCCUUUCCUACAAAACUACUGAUGCAGGUUUCAGUGGUCAUGGUGCUGAGAGUGCAGUAGUUUUGGAUGGAGACAGGGACAGGUACAGAGAAGCUCUCCGCAACUUCCAUCUUCUGAUUGUGCACCUAAGGCACCAGCACCACUUGUCCAUUUUCAUAUGUUCCUUGCUGUGAGAGGUGCUGACUGCGUUCCCUGCCCGGGGUACCUGCGGUAGCACCUGAAAGCUUCCUUGUCCCUGGCUUUUUUGCGUUGACUCCUUCCAGACCUGAAGCUCUGUCUUCAGAAUGAACGUUGGUUUUUCCUGAGCCCCUUCCAAGCUGCCUUCGCAUGCUUCCUGUUGCUUGAGCACUGCUUUAUCCAAUGCCCUGAGAGAGGCUCAGUUUCAGUGUUUGCAGGCUGCGGAUGCGGCGGUCCCUUCCAAGUUUGAUCCUUUGGGUCUGUUCCUGCUGUAGAAGAUCACUUACAGAUGUGUCAGGCUGAACUCAUAGGCCAGGGCUGGGGUUCAGGACAUACUCUCACACUUGUUAAUAUGGAAUUGGGAGGGGUUUUGUUUGAAAGCAAGUGAUUCUGUUCUCAGGAGCAAGAACCUUUUCCUUUGUACAUAUUUUACAUACAUUUAAAAUGACAGAUUGGAAAAAUGUCUCUCCAGCCAUGGGAAUUGUUUUGGGGGUGGGGGGAUUGUUUUUGAGCAAGACCAGAAGAAUGGGAGCAAACUUCUUAUUUAUUAAUCUUAGUAUGGUCUGGCAAAAGCUGCUAAAUGGGAUGAACAUGUCUGGCUCCUGUGCAAAGAUAAGACAGAGGACAGUUCCUGCUCCAAAGAAUUUGGUCUGAGGCCUUGACACUGCAAACAUUUCUAUGCAUAACCCUUGUGUUUCUUCCGUUAAGUAAUGAGAAACCCCCCAGCACCUGUAUCAAUCUGUAUGUUUGGCCCUUAAAACUGGACAAACAUGCACCAGAUUUAGUAGAACCAAAGGGGGAGAGUUCAACUCUCAGAAAAGGACUAAUUUAAUUGGUAGCAAAGUAUUAAAGGGACUUGGAUUAAUAAGAUUUCUGUUAGCGUAGUUAGUGCUUGGGGUAUGUCUUACACUUGUGACACUACAUGCAAUCCUGUACAUGCCAAGACACACACGCCACCCCUCUCUCUCCUUAAAGCAUGCAUUGGAUCUUAGUUAAUGGAAAGUCGGGAGCUCAGUGAUGGCAGGAUUAGGUCCUAUGUUAGUGACUGUUGCUAUUUACACUUUGGCAGCUUCUCAAGUCGAAUUCAAAGGCCGACAGGGUAACUUCACCUCUUACUGUUUUUGUACCUGAUCCAUUUCUGUAAAGCACUCGGAGAUGCAUGCAGAGAACCUGCCAGACCCGUUAUUACUGAGAUUGCAGGUGGUUUGGUGAUGCUGUUACUUCUAAGUGUCCUUGAAUGUAACUUGUAAAAGAGCUGCAGAGACAAUUCUCAAGCGUCUGUGAAAUGCCUGUGUUUUGUGAGUCACGCUUAAGCCGUUGUGGCUGUCUGGCUGCUUUGGGAAGAAGCAGAAGACAUCGAUCUAUUUGCGAUUGCUGCUUAGAUUGGGGAGGGGAGGGCUCUAGGGCAGAUUUGUGCCCACUUAGCAAAAGUGCUCUCACGUAUGGCUUCUCCCGUGCUCAAAGUGUUGCAGCUGGUUGGACAGAAGAUGGUGAAUCUGGACUGUUUGCAGAUCAGCUUUCCAAGUGCACUUUAUGGUCUCUGCAUAAGUUUCCAGAUCUGUGUCUAGGCGAUACAUUGCAUAUGUCCCAACCUUGCUCCCUUUGGAGUUUACAUCAUUUGUUUUUAAACUUCCAGUAUAUUUUCUCUUCCUCUUCCAAAAGCUGUAAGGAAUUAGCUGCUAAACUAAAACAGGAGGGCAAUUCUCCUGCUGAUAAAGAGCCGAUUUUGGCCCUAGCUGCUGUUGAGUGCAGAGCCCCAGUCUGCAGCACAGCUUCUAGAGCAGCUCCUGUUUUCGGCUGCCAGAGUAGUAGUGCAAAUGCCUUUCGCAUUGCAGUGUGGGCUUUGCAUUUGCAUUUUGCAAUGCAAAAGGAAGCUUUGACAUCAUGGCCAAAUGACUGCAAGUGAGCCCUUGGCCAUCUUGCCUGCUCUCAGCGGGCCUUUAUCUGGGGCUCCAGCUUCCCUCGGCAUUUCCAGAGGCUACAGAAGGCUGUUACUCUUCCCCGAAGAGCCAGCCAGCUCCUGGUGAUCCACUGAGGCUUGAACCAAACCGAGGGAAUGUGACUAUUUUCUCUGCUAUCGAGGCAUCAUGGUGACAAACGUGAUCGGAUGAGUCACAGACGGUGUGCGUCACAUCAUCUCCCUUGCCUCUAGCUUCACUUUGGCACUUGUGCACAUCCAAGCAUAUGUGUUGUUUUAGACAAUCCCCCACCCUGGCCAGCUCAAGGAGGUGCCCACCAAGUCUGUCGUCCUGUCUUCUGAGACGUGUUGGGUGCUUCAGAGCUCUUUGCUGUGAGCGGGGAGACAGGCUCCUGCUCACCUGACAUCCCAGAGGCUGCAAAGCUGCUCUGAAAUCCCGUGGCGAGGCACAGAAAUUGGUGCUGCCCGAGAACCUAGUGGGCAGAGACGGUGGAAGGGUCACUUCUGUAUUUGUCGGUGUGGAAAGAUGGGCUGCCACCGGUGACUCGGAUAGCAGGAUUGUGGUCUGGUUUCCAAAAGCAGAGGUCAUUGACCGUUGCUCUUGGUGACUCCUGAACUCAGGGUAACUGGAAAGGCGGAGAAAGGAGUAUUACUGCUUACUUCGGUACCAGGAAAUCAGCAUCCCCUGUGGGAGCUAAGCUUCCAGUUCCUACUGAUUCCUUUCAUUGCUAUUGCACACAGAAAUCCCGCUAGGCAGCUGUGCACAUCGCAGCCUCCAGCUCCCUUUGCAACACCCAGGAGAGCUUUCUAGGAUCGGGUUUCCCUGGAGUCUCGGGCCUUUAGCGUCUGCUGCUAGUCCUCUUGCUGCAGUGGUCUGGCAGAGAAGCUGGUUUUACUGCAAGGGCCUGGGCUGGAUCAGAGCACCUCCCUUCUCUCGUGGCUGGCCUCCCUGGCUUUCGAGCAGCAAGUCUUGCCCAUCUUUUUGCAGCAAGUCCCGCUCCCAGCGUGAGGGGAGGUGGAGGGCAGGAGAGCACGUUGCUAGCGACGCACCCUGAUAAUGCCAGCGUCCCUGCAAGGCGAUCCUCCUGCCUUCCCUCUGGUGAGCAAGCACUUAAAUUCUUCCUGCUCACGUCAGAAACUGCUCCCGGGAGUGGAAGCUGCAGGAUCUGCCAGCCCCGUGCGCAGCAGUCCGGGUUCCUCGGCUCCCCUGUAGCUCGACGGCCCCUGAGGGAACCAACCGAGCUCUUUGUGGGGUCAGGCGGUGACAAGGAGGCUGCUUCGGCAGGCCCUGCGGGGACAGCGCUCGCUUCCUGGAAACCAAACUUUCUCUUCGUAAAUUUUAUAUUUAGAGCUAUGUAUUCUCCUCUUCAGGAAACUACUUCUUGUAAAGGAUAGAUUUACUGUCCUGCUGAGUUAAACAAGGGAGAUGCUGGUCUUUCCCUUUGCUUUGGAGAUUCGAACAAGCGACAGUUGAUUUAUUUUUAGCGAUAUCUCUUUGUCUACAGGGAGGGGAGGCAUAUUAUAAAGGCUCAGGGGUGCUGGGAAGUAAAGCUAUAUAUGCAUAAAGACUGUUUCAAUUCUGUACACUAUAAAUUCAGUGGUGGAUAAAAAAAAGAAUGUAAAUAUGCAAUUAAUGCAGAAUUUUAUGGAUGGUCAUAAUUUAAUAUAUUGCAAACUUUGUAAAUACUUGGAAAAAGCCUGUAAAGUGUGUAAAUAAAUGAGAUUUGUAUGUAAGAAGAAUAAAAAAGUUUUUACUUUUUGCAAUUAAAUAGACGUGUUAAUGCACCCUU